CCCAGCUGCAGACAGGGAGCAGAAUGAACUGAUCCCAGCAAACUGUUUCUUCCUUUCCUUAAUCCUUUCGCAGCUUAUUUUAGUCUCUUCUCCACCCCGCCGGGAAUACCAUACAGAUCUUAGUCCAGGUAGAUCUGACGUCAAGAGAUGGCUUUCGUCGAUUUGACGUGUAAACACUCAUUUCCAUUCUGGCUGGGAAGGGCUGGGGCUCCUCUCAGCCGGGAGACCGAGCGCUUCACUGAGCACUCGCCGCCGCCCGGCCUCUGCUCCCGCGCCUCCCAGCUCUUCCAGAGCCACGGGGACCAGGAGUGAUUCUGAGCGCGAGGAGGAGAAAGAUCGAGGUGGCUGGCUUUCUCCUAUAUUGCUUCUUUUCUCUCUCUCCUUCCCACUUGUGUAUGAGUGAGUGUGCGAGAGCCAUGGAGAGGAGAGCCUGGAGUCUGCAGUGCACUGCUUUUGCUCUCUUUUGCGCUUGGUGUGCACUGAACAGUGUAAAAGCCAAGAGGCAGUUUGUCAAUGAAUGGGCGGCGGAGGUGCCGGGGGGCCUGGAAGCUGCUUCAGCCAUCGCGGAGGAGCUGGGCUAUGACCUUUUGGGUCAGAUUGGAUCACUUGAAAAUUACUAUUUAUUUAAACAUAAAAACCAUCCCAGAAGGUCUCGGAGAAGUGCCCCACAUAUCACUAAGAGAUUAUCUGACGAUGAUCGUGUCACAUGGGCUGAACAACAGUAUGAGAAAGAGAGAAGCAAACGCUCAGUUCUACGAGACUCAGCACUAAAUCUCUUCAAUGAUCCAAUGUGGAAUCAGCAGUGGUACUUGCAAGAUACCAGGAUGACGGCAAUUUUGCCCAAGCUGGAUCUUCAUGUGAUACCUGUUUGGCAAAAGGGCAUUACAGGCAAAGGAGUUGUUCUCACUGUACUGGAUGACGGUUUGGAGUGGAAUCACACAGACAUUUAUGCCAAUUAUGAUCCAGAGGCUAGCUAUGACUUUAAUGAUAAUGAUCAUGAUCCGUUUCCCCGAUAUGAUCCCACAAAUGAGAACAAACAUGGGACCAGAUGCGCAGGAGAAAUUGCCAUGCAAGCAAAUAAUCGCAAAUGUGGGGUUGGCGUGGCAUACAAUUCCAAAGUCGGAGGCAUAAGGAUGUUGGAUGGCAUAGUGACGGAUGCUAUUGAGGCCAGUUCCAUUGGAUUCAACCCUGGACACGUGGAUAUUUACAGUGCAAGCUGGGGCCCUAAUGAUGAUGGGAAAACUGUGGAGGGGCCUGGCAGACUAGCCCAGAAGGCUUUUGAAUAUGGUGUCAAACAGGGAAGACAAGGAAAGGGCUCCAUCUUCGUCUGGGCUUCUGGGAAUGGGGGACGUCAGGGCGAUAACUGUGACUGUGAUGGCUACACGGACAGCAUCUACACCAUCUCCAUCAGCAGUGCUUCCCAGCAAGGCCUGUCGCCCUGGUAUGCUGAGAAGUGCUCCUCCACCCUGGCCACCUCUUACAGCAGCGGGGAUUACACCGACCAGCGAAUCACAAGUGCAGACCUGCACAAUGACUGCACGGAGACCCACACGGGCACUUCGGCGUCUGCACCCCUGGCUGCUGGCAUCUUCGCUCUGGCCCUGGAAGCAAACCCAAACCUCACAUGGAGAGACAUGCAGCACUUGGUUGUCUGGACCUCAGAGUAUGACCCACUGGCCAAUAACCCUGGAUGGAAAAAAAAUGGAGCAGGCUUGAUGGUGAAUAGCCGAUUUGGAUUUGGCUUGCUAAAUGCCAAAGCUCUCGUGGACUUAGCUGAUCCUAGGACCUGGACCAGUGUACCGGAGAAGAAAGAAUGCGUGGUAAAAGACAAUGACUUCGAGCCCAGAGCCCUGAAAGCUAAUGGAGAAGUUAUCAUUGAAAUUCCAACAAGAGCUUGUGAAGGACAAGAAAACUCUAUCAAGUCCCUGGAGCAUGUGCAAUUUGAAGCAACAAUUGAGUAUUCCCGUAGAGGGGACCUUCAUGUCACACUCACUUCUGCUGCUGGAACCAACACUGUACUGUUGGCUGAAAGGGAACGGGACACAUCUCCUAAUGGCUUUAAGAAUUGGGACUUUAUGUCUGUUCACACGUGGGGAGAGAAUCCUGUAGGCACCUGGACUUUGAGAAUUGCAGAUAUGUCUGGAAGAGUGCAAAACGAAGGGAGAAUUGUGAACUGGAAGCUGAUUUUGCAUGGGACCUCCUCUCAGCCAGAGCACAUGAAACAGCCUCGCGUGUACACGUCCUACAACACCGUACAGAAUGACAGAAGAGGGGUGGAGAAGAUGGCGGAUGCAAGCGAGGAGCAGCCUACAGAGCAGAACCUGAAUGAGAACCCCCUGAUUUCUAAAAGCCCCAGCAGCAGCAGCAGCAGUGUGGGGGACAGACGGGAAGAGCAGGCAGAGGAGGCCCCUUCCGAGGCUAUGCUGCGACUCCUACAAAGUGCUUUCAGCAAAAACUCACUUCCAAAGCAAUCACCAAAGAAGACUCCAAGUGCAAAGCUCAACAUUCCUUAUGAAAAUUUCUAUAAAGCCCUGGAAAAGCUGAACAAACCUUCUCAGCUGAAAGACUCAGAGGACACUCUGUAUCACGACUAUGUGGAUGUUUUCUAUAACACAAAACCUUACAAGCACAGAGAUGACAGGCUGCUGCAAGCUCUGGUGGACAUUCUGAAUGAAGAAAACUAAAGCAAGUAUGUGGUCCCAAGUUGGAAAUAUUCAUGCAUCUGGCUUCCCUCUUAGAUUUUGCUUGUGUCUCAGUGAUUGUUCUGUUAUUGAUUCUAUGCUUAUAAUAUCCUUUGUGGUACUUUUCCUUUUUCUCCCCAAACUAUACAUUUGAAGGGGAUGAGCUCAAAUAGGAAAUUCAACUUCUAGAAUCAACCAUAGUUCUUUUAAAAUAUGUCUUCCCUGCCUGUGCAAGUGAAGUGUUUUGCUUUUUCUGGAGUUAACAUGUGACCCUGUGCCACACUAGAAUACUUCCUUGAGUCUGCCUGAGUCAUUUCAUACAAAAGGGGCAACCUGGGAGAGCCAUCAGUGUGAAAAAAGUAAUCUUCAAAGAUGAGGGAUGUUUUACCACAUAAUUCUUUGAAUUUUGAUCCCAAGGAAGCAUUGGCAAAGUGUUUAAAGUGUUCACAAUUAGGCCCAUAUUCUAACACUUAGGUCUUCUUACUUCACAGUACUGUUCAUUAUGAGAGUGACAAUCUAGUCAUUUUGCAGAAAAAGCUGGAUCUUGUAGAUCCAGAAACAAGCCUUGAAUUUUUGUUAUCUGGUGAGGAGCAUUCUAGCACAUUCCUGUGUGUUCAGUGUGCCAUGCAGACCUCUGUGGAUCUCAGGUGGCUGUGAUGCAUGCUGUCCCCAUCUUCUGGAGGUUCUUCUACCUGUCUCCUUCCUCAGCUGCAAACUCAGUACUGACAACUAAUUCAUGCUGUUUUCUCAGUAAAUUCGUACUCCUAAUUUGUUUAAUAAUAAUAGGUGACCAUUUCUAACAUGAAGAAUCAGUGGAAAAACAGGAAAAUAUCUAUAAUGGGGAGAACCAGAGAGAAGUUUUGCUUAUUAAAAAAAAAUGAUGUUCACUAGAACAGAUUAGCCUGGAUCUUUGAAACUGGGUGUUCACUUCUGGACACUGAAAGAUCUUUUUCCAUCCAGUCAAUGGUAUACAAAUUCUCACCAAAUUGCUUCUAUUCUUUGAAUCAUAAGACAUAGACUGGCAGCCCAUACACCUCAUUUAUUCCUCUGAAAGCUUUUAUCUGGCAUGCAGAAUGUUCCAAAAAUAUGAGAUAUUGUUGAAAAUAGGGAUGUUUGUAUAAACCUGGAUAUUUAGACAAAUCUACAGUCAAAGCAACAGUUGGCUAAAUCUGAAUAGCAACUGCCCAGUUGGGAAUAAAGGUCAGCUCUCUCUGGCCUGCUCCACACUACUUACAAGGGCCACCUUGCUCCUUACUGGUUAACAUCAAGGUUUUUGAUUUUGCCCAUUUUUAUAUUAAAUAUGUUCAAAGUAUAAAUGAAAUAGGAAAUAAAAAACAAAAGCAAUCCACAGCUUCUUUCAGACAAGCUCUACCAUUACAAGUUUGCUAUGAUCUAAUUAAGUUACAGUCACAGACAAAAAGCUUGUUACUUUAUACCUUGUAGGAAGCAUCUCUGAAAUUCAGUUUGACAUAUUCAUUCAACCUCAUCUCACAUGAGCAUUCAUUUCCUCUAUUAAUUAACUGCCAACCUCUUAGCCUCCCUUUCUCGGUGUGCUCUCAAAGGUGGCAGUCACGUGAAACACUGGAAGUCAUCCACUGAGCUGCUGUUUGCAGAUCUUCCACACAGUUUGAACAUCAUAAAAACACCCGGGACACUGAAGUAGUUCAGGAGGGUAACUCAUUUCCUUUGACUUGAAUUUAUAUCCAGCAAGGCCAUUUCCAGAGCACUGUCCAUGGCUAGAGAAUGUUCUUCUAAAAGACUGAUAGUAUUGCUUUGUUUUUGGAUGUUUCACAUGUUGUUUAGAAAUAAGGUCUUUAGUAGGUAUUAAAACUGAAAAGAGCCUGAGAGUUAUGAGAUGCAGCUUCAAUCACAAAAAUAAGCAAAUAAAUAAAUAGAAGAUUAAGAGCUAGAGCCAUCAUUGUGUGCUAACAAAAGAGGGAGUGAGAACUCUUCCUUUCCCCAUUCAUAAUCUAAUGUGAAAUGUAUGACACUUCCUUUUGAUCACCCCUAACAGUAGCCUUUCCUGGUUAAAACACCAACCAACUCAUUGGGUAAUAGCCAAAGGUUCAAUCUAGAGAAGCUUUAAUAUUUAGAUAAAAUCAUGUUUGAAUGUUUCCAACCUGGAGUAUAUUGUUCAGACAUAAAAUAUUUUUGUCAGUCUUUCUUAGUGCCUGUGUGGAUUUCUGUGAAAAUGUCAAAGAGGCAACUUCUAUAUUUCCCUUGGAAUUUUAAGCUAUAUUUUCUUUACAGGUAUUUAUAAUGUACCAGUGCUUUUAACAGAAUUUUAAAAGGCAUAAUAAAUUAUAUUAAAGAAUUGAAAGUUUUCCUGAGAAUAAGAACGUUUCAUCCAAUAAACUAUUUUCAAAAGGCAUGUUCCUCUGUCAGUGAAACAAGAAUAAUAUGUAUAUGUUGUAAUUGUAAGUGACACUUAUCUAAUAUCCUAAUACCAUGUAUAACUGAGUUUGAGACGUAGCAUUUUUAAGGGGACUCUCAUAUUACACACUUGAUGUAUUAUUAACCAAAAUAUGUACAAUAUGCUUAUAAAUCAGAAGAAUAAAUGGUUUCUCACAAGGUCAAAAAGAAGAAA